UCGGGCUUCACAUCGCGAUUCGAAUCGGUGGUGUUUUUAAAACUACGCGUGUUUUUGUGUGUUCGUGCUACUCGGUUAGUUGUUGUUGCUUUUCAGCUAGUCGUACGAUCUAGCAUUUGUGCUCAAUUCUAAAUUCUAAGGGCAACAACUAGCGUUUUUCCAAGCAUAUGUGCAACUAUUUGCGUUAGAAAGUUAUUAAAGCAAAGGCAACGGUUAAAGUUGACUAAAUUUCGGAAAAGCGUAAAAUCAUUUACAUUUGAAUGCCCAAUUUCAUAAAAACGCAAGUGAAAAGACUCGAGAAAACAAAAGUGCAGGCUAACUAAAUUGAUGACGAAGUUUCGUGUGCCGCCUGCAUUUCAUUUAUGUAUAAAUAUUUUCGGCCUUAAUUCUGUGCUUCCUGUGAAUUAACGAGGAAACUAAAGAGUGCGCGAGCGUGAGAGGCGAUCAAGUGGAAACCGAGAAACUUUCUUCGCAAAAGCCGGCUGAUCACAAACAAAAUCCAUUCUCUGGGAGUUUUUCUUCACCGCUGGAAUUUCUUUACAUUUCGUCCAACAUGGCUCCUAACGUUUGUUUGACUGAGUUUUCCGUGGCGGCUGUUGAUCAGGAAAGCCGCCUGGAUGCGUUUCUGCUUUGAUCGGCUGUGCUUCGCAACCAAGCGGCCAGCCCAAAACUCCAACAGCAAUGCACCCCACUGCACCGCCAUCAGCACGAUCAGCACGGAUGCACCACCAGCGGAUGUAGAUGCAGCCACUGCCACAGCCUCAACCACAACAGCACCAACGCCAGCCAGUAAUCUGUUCUACGCCGAGUACCAGAAGCUGCAGCCAGCGAUAAUCGAUCGGGACUGGGAGCGGGACAGAGAUACGCGGACCGCGGCCAAGCCGCCGGACAUAGAGCAACAGGCCGCAGAGCAACAGACCCAGCCACAGAUACAGAUACAGGCAGAGGCACAGAUACAGAUACAGACAGAGGCACAGAUACAGAUACAGACAGACCCACAGAUACAGAUACAGACACAGAUAGAGCAGCGCUAUCGCCGGCACAGCAGUGCCGAAGAUCGCAAUCUGAGCACGAGGAGAAACGAUUCGAAUACUACGGAGGCGGUACGGAAAGCAGCCAGCAUGCAGCAGGAGCCGAACGCCAACUAUCAGUUCCCAACCGACUUGGGUCUGGUGAGCAUCGUCAAUAACAAUAAUACCAGCACCCAUCCGAGUGGUAAUAAUAAUAAUAAUAAUAACAACAACAAUAACAAUCUGGUGGGUGGCAUUGUGACCUUGCCGGCGGCUGGUGGUCUCAUAGGUCUGGAGCAUACGGCAUCGGGACUGCGACUGAUACCAGCACCACCGACCCACUCGGAAGUGUUGACCCACACGCUGAUCUACGGAACACCGCCCUCGGGGGCACAGCAAUUGCACCAGGAUCCGCGGAGUUUGCUGCACCAGCAGGAGCUGCAGUUGCAGCAGCGCUACCAGCAGUUGCAGCAACUUCAGGCCCAGACCCAGGGUCUCUAUACCAGCCAGGGAAGUCCAGUUCUGUACCACCAACCCAGUCCGGGAUCGAGUCAACCGGUGGCGAUACCCGGUGCCAGUUGUCACUCGCCCACGCAACUGCAGCCGCCCACCACACUGAACCUCCAGCAGCAGAUGCAGAGUCUGAGGAUCUCGGGAUGCACGCCCAGCGGCUCGGGGGGAUCGGCCACGCCCUCGCCGGUGGGUCUUGUGGAUCCCAACCUCAUGAUGAGCAACUAUGUGGCCGCGUCGCCGCAGGAGGAGCGCUUCAUCCAGAUCAUUCAGGCCAAGGAGCUCAAGAUACAGGAAAUGCAAAGGGCUCUUCAGUUCAAGGACAAUGAAAUAGCGGAGCUCAAAUCGCACCUGGAUAAAUUCCAGAGUGUCUUCCCCUUCAGCCGGAGCAGUGCGGCGGGAUGUGCGGGCACGGGCGGUGGAUCGGGAUCCGGAGCGGGAGGAAGUGGUGCGAGUGGUCCCAGCACCGCCACAGGUGCCACCCGCAAGUCCGGCCAGAAUUUCCAGCGGCAGAGGGCCUUGGGCAUUUCCGCGGAGCCCCAGAGCGAGUCCUCCCUACUCCUCGAGCACGUCAGCUUUCCCAAAUACGACAAGGAUGAGCGCUCCCGUGAACUUAUCAAGGCUGCCAUUUUGGAUAAUGACUUCAUGAAGAAUCUGGAUCUGACGCAGAUACGCGAGAUCGUGGACUGCAUGUAUCCGGUGAAAUAUCCAGCCAAGAAUCUGAUCAUCAAGGAGGGAGAUGUCGGCAGCAUUGUUUAUGUUAUGGAAGAUGGCCGCGUGGAGGUUUCCCGCGAGGGCAAAUACCUCUCGACCCUUUCGGGGGCGAAGGUCCUUGGCGAGCUGGCGAUCCUGUACAAUUGCCAGCGGACGGCGACCAUCACCGCGAUCACCGAGUGCAACCUGUGGGCCAUCGAGCGGCAGUGCUUCCAGACCAUCAUGAUGCGAACGGGCCUCAUCCGACAGGCGGAGUACAGCGACUUCCUCAAGAGUGUGCCCAUCUUCAAAGACCUGGCGGAUGACACGCUCAUCAAGAUCUCCGAUGUCUUGGAGGAGACGCACUACCAGCGAGGCGACUACAUUGUGCGCCAGGGCGCCAGAGGCGAUACCUUCUUCAUCAUUUCAAAGGGCAAAGUGCGGGUGACGAUCAAACAGCAGGACACGCAGGAGGAGAAGUUCAUUCGCAUGCUGGGCAAGGGCGAUUUCUUUGGAGAGAAGGCUCUCCAGGGCGAUGAUCUGCGCACGGCGAAUAUUAUUUGCGAAUCCGCCGAUGGCGUCAGUUGUCUGGUCAUCGAUCGCGAGACCUUCAAUCAGUUGAUUUCCAAUCUGGACGAGAUCAAGCAUCGCUACGACGACGAGGGAGCCAUGGAGCGCAGAAAGAUCAACGAGGAAUUCCGGGACAUCAACCUCACGGAUCUGCGCGUUAUUGCCACUCUGGGAGUGGGCGGAUUCGGUCGCGUGGAGCUGGUCCAAACUAAUGGCGAUGGCUCCAGGUCCUUUGCCCUCAAGCAGAUGAAAAAAUCACAGAUCGUGGAGACGCGACAACAGCAGCAUAUCAUGUCCGAAAAGGAAAUCAUGGGCGAGGCCAACUGCCAGUUCAUCGUGAAGCUGUUCAAGACAUUCAAGGACAAGAAGUACCUGUACAUGCUGAUGGAGAGUUGUCUGGGCGGAGAACUCUGGACGAUUCUGCGGGACAAGGGCAACUUCGACGACAGCACCACCCGCUUCUACACGGCGUGUGUGGUGGAGGCCUUUGAUUAUCUGCACUCGCGGAACAUCAUCUACCGGGAUCUGAAGCCGGAGAACCUGCUGCUCAACGAACGGGGAUAUGUGAAGCUCGUGGACUUUGGCUUUGCCAAGAAGCUGCAGACGGGCAGGAAGACCUGGACUUUCUGCGGCACCCCGGAGUACGUGGCUCCGGAGGUGAUCCUCAAUCGGGGUCACGACAUCAGCGCGGAUUACUGGUCGCUGGGAGUGCUCAUGUUCGAGCUGCUAACCGGUACCCCUCCGUUCACGGGCUCGGAUCCAAUGCGCACCUACAACAUUAUACUUAAGGGCAUCGAUGCCAUUGAAUUCCCUAGGAAUAUCACGCGCAAUGCCAGCAACCUGAUUAAGAAACUGUGUAGGGAUAAUCCCGCCGAGCGUUUGGGGUACCAGCGUGGGGGAAUUAGCGAGAUUCAGAAGCACAAAUGGUUCGAUGGCUUCUACUGGUGGGGCCUUCAGAACUGCACCCUGGAACCGCCCAUUAAGCCCGCCGUGAAGAGCGUGGUGGACACAACAAACUUUGAUGAUUAUCCCCCCGAUCCAGAGGGUCCUCCACCAGACGAUGUCACGGGAUGGGACAAGGACUUCUAGGCGGGAAUCAGGUCUCGUUUCCUAGACGAUGCUCUCUAAACGCUUCUGCUACAGAAUACCGAAGGGGAUAAAAACCAAGGAGGAGAAAUUGAUCUUAAGUGCGCCAUAUGUACGCCAAAGCCAACAGCAACAGUCAGCAGCUCGCAUCGAAAAGCUGCCCAAAACUAAGAAACGUAGCAGUCGCAAGGCCAAGGGCCGACACAAAAGCACAAUCAUCCAUCGUCUUAGCCCUUUUAGAUUUAUAGAUACGUCUGCGUGAUGUUAUUCCCAUGAUGUGCAACGCAAUGAAUUUAUUAACGAGUUUAUAACUAUUAUUUUGUAAUGAGGAUAUGUGUCUAGUUCGUUUGAAAUUGAUGUAAAUUGUAAGUAGGUCUUUGACUCUGGUUCAGAGCUCUGUUAGCCAUGUGCAUUGUAUAAAUUCUUUUUAUUUGUAUCUAUUAAAUAUUAUUAACAUAAUUAUUAAAUAUCAUUGUUAAAGUAUCAAAGCACUUACGAAAAUGCAUACAAAUCGGGUUGCCUUAUAGUCUGUAAGAACAUUUUAAAGCAACAUCUGACCAAGAUCUUCCGUCAUACCCACUAAAAACAUUUGUUAAAUUUAUAACUAGCCUCUCUUCUAUAUUUCAUUAGUCUUAGCGAUCAUGUCUAUUAUUUGUACGAAUAAUAUGCCCUUUUAAUUGGAUUUUUUAAGUAACUCAGUUAGAUAUUGAAUAAACAAAUUAUUGCUAUGAA